UCGUUUCGUUUUUUUUGUCAAAUCGGCUGGGAUCGGAUCGGAUAUAUGUGUAUAUAUGUUAUGUUUAAUUUAAUAAAAGUGAAUCGUGGAAAUAGGCAUCGCUCAAUGGAAAUCGGGGCGGAAAAUGAAACGCGGUGAAGGCGACAACGCACAACUGGUGCUCGUUGUUACAUAAAAGGCAACCUCGCCCUCUCUUCGUCAUCAUCCCGAAGAAUCAUCAUUAAUAUAACAUCAUCAACUGCAUCUUUGCAUCGUUGGAGUGAGGAAUAAAAGUGUGAAAAGGCAAGAAAUUCGAUAGAGGAGCGCCUGAAGGAGGUGGACCACCUGAAGGAGGAGGAGGAGGAGGAGCACCCAAAGGAGGAGCUGCUGUCCACCAUGAGCGUCUUCGACGAUUUCCAGCGCCUGUGGAUGCAGCGAUUCCCGCAGAGCUCUCUAUCCGACGCCUGGGAACAGGAUGUGCGGGCCAGUCUCGAGCGGCACAAGCUGCGCAUCCUGGAGCUGAGCAAGGAGCUCGAGCAGGAGACCCUGUACGUGGAGUAUCUGGAGCGACUGCUGUCCGAUGUGGAUAAGUAUCGCGCUUCUGGCGGGGAUCCCACGGCACUUUUUGAGGCGGCCAGCGGAAGCAGUGGCUCCACCAACAACGGAAGCAGCAACACCAAUGGAGCUCCACCAGGAGGAAGCACACCAAACGUGGAUAAAGAGUUUAAAUCCAGUUUAAAUCUGCGCGAGUCCUCCACUUCGACGUCCGUCGGCAAGGACAAGGAUCGCCUGUCGCUCAACACGGACAACAAGUACACAACGACACACACAAAUGCCCCAGGCAGUGGGAGUGGCAGCGGUACUGGGGCGGGGGCGGGGACGGGUCCGCUUCACUCUGCCCCAAUCACGGGGGCGGGCAAGCGGAUAGCGGAGCUGAAUUUCGAGCGGGAGGAUCGAGACAAGGACAGCGGCAACGAGAAGGAUGCCAACGGAGCCCUGCAGCAGUGCAUCACGGAGCUGGCGGCCUCCAUAAAGGCAAAUCCAGACAAUGGAGCAGUGGCACAAUCAGCAGGUGGCGGAGGCGGCAGCGGCGAUGCCGACAAAGAGUCCGCUUCCUCCAAGCAGCCGCUGCGCAAGUCCACGUCGCAGUACGUCACCGUCAUCCAGGUCAAGGAGGCCAAAGACAAAGAGGACGACGAUGGAGCCACCACCUCGUCAUCAGGGGCCAAUGACCCACAGCAGCAGCAACAGCAGCCCACGCCGCCCUCCACAUUCGCUCGUUAUGCGGAACCCACUGCUCCGCCGCUGUCGCCGUCGCUCACCUCGUACGCUGCCCACGUGGAGGCCAAGAAGAAAAUGCCACCCAGACCUCCGCCAAAGAACAUUCGGCGCGUGGAGCCGCCCACCAUUCCCGGCCAGCAGCAGCUGUCGUCCUCGCCGAAACGAGAGACUCCAUUCGUGGGCAGCACAAUGCCACUGCCAAGCAGCUCCGGCGGCAGCCUCUCCUCCGACAGUCCGGGCAACUCGCUGGAGCGGAACAUCAAGCCCUCGGACAUACUGCGCCAGAAGUCCUCCGAGAAUCUGGACUCCAAGUAUGCGGCGAAUCGCAAAACCACACCGGAGCUGGGCAAAUUUGUCAAUGUGAACAAUCCGGAACUGAUGGAGGAGCUGGGCCGCAAGAUGGUGGGCAAGACGGACAGCCUGGAGCAGGCGAAGAGGAACGACUCCUCGCCCUCCGGCGGUGGCAGCCUGGGACGCACUGCCUCCACUCCCGGACGAUCGCUGACGCCGGGACGAACUGGCGUGGGUGCCUCGCCCACUGGUAGCCUGAACAAAACCGUCAAACUGGCAGCAGCGGACAGCAGUUCCACCAGCAGUCUGGAGAAGAAGUCGCGCAACUGCCUGCAGGCCAGCGAUGCUGAGACCGGAUCGGGAUCGGGAGGAUCGGGGGCGAACCAGCGAAGUGCGGGCUCCAAGGAGUCGCUGGCAUCACAAGGCAUAUCGGAGGUGAUCAAAAGCUACGAGAGCGUAUCCUCGCUGAGUUCGGAUAGCGCCAAGGCGGCGGCGGCAUCGUCCCAGCUAUCGGCGACAGCCGCUGGAAAUUCAGUGGACAACGAGCCGUACUACGACAGCGUGCCGCUGGACAACGGCGACGGGGAGUACGUGUUCAUUAAGCCCGGACGCACCGGCUCCUCAUCCAGUCGCGACGACUUGUCGACGCCCGGCAGCAGCACUUUGCCCCUGGCCAAUGUGGCGGAUCCCGAAUCUCCAGGCAGGACCUCCAACUACGUCAACAUCGACUACUUCCUACAGCAAAGCAAUGAGACGCGCUCCAGUUCGCUGGACAGCGACGGGGAGUACGAGGGUCCGCCCAUAUUGCGUACCAUUUCGCACGACGAACAGACCACCACGUCACAAACCACGCCGGGAGCACUUCGCAAGAACUUAGUUUCAGCGAUACUUGUUUCUGGAAAUGCGCGCGGUGCCAAAAUACGAUCCAUACUCAGCACCAUUAUCCAGAGCGAGACGAUUUACGUGGAGUGUCUUAAUAAAAUGAUGCAGUACAAAAAGGCCAUCCACGCAACCCUGAACACAUCGCAGCCUGUGAUUAAGGAGGAGGAGGAGAACACGAUCUUCUUCAAAAUAGACGAACUGCACGAUCUGCACACCGCCUUCCUGUCCGAUCUGAAGACGAUCGUGUCCCACGAGGGAGGCGAUGUGCUGAUCGGUGAGCCCUUUCGCCGUCUGGCGGAGAUGUUCGACCUGUACAGCGCCUUUUUGCACAACUACAAGAACGCCAUCGAGACGGUGAAGAAGUGCAGUGCGAAUAAUCCGCAAUUCAAGAAGAUCGUCUCGACAAUAGUGGUUAAUCUGCAGACGGAGCAAUCGCUAACGCUCGAGGAUCUACUCCAUAAGCCGGUGGCACGGGUGCAGAUCAAUGCGUUGGUCUUCAACGAUCUGCUUCGCGAAACACCAAAUGCCCAUCCGGAUCAUCAGCCGUUGCGGCAGGCGCAGAAGAUCAUCCAGAUGUUCCUCAACCAGUUCAAUGUGGUCAACCAGCGGCUGCCCAGCGAAUCGAAUCGGAAUCUAAGGCGCAUGGUGCGCAAUUCGUUCAUCGUGGAACUGGUCGAUGGCCAUCGGAAGCUGCGGCAUCUCUUCCUUUUCAACGAUGUGAUUGCGAGUGCCAAGUACAAGGCACUGGGCCGCGAUCGCAUCGACUAUGAGCUCAAGUGGUUCAUUCCGCUGAAGGACAUAUCCAUUUUCGAGGAGACGGAUCCGGCGGCGGAGCUCAAGGAAUCUAGUCCCGCGAACAUUUCGCAAGUGAAGCGCAAUCUGCGCUCCGUUCGAGAUCAAUUGGCAAUGGAGGUGGCCAAUAGCGGGGGCGGCGGUGUCCGUUCCGGUGACAAGUAUCGUCGCAAGCUGGAGGAUCUGGAGUCGCAGCUGGUGUUGGCCACGCCCAAUCUGGUGCUGCGGCUGGGCAACAAGGCCAACAACAAGACCAUGACCUUCUUCCUCAGCUCGGACUUUGAGCGGACGCAGUGGAUCGACUCGAUCACAUCCCUUAAGCAAAAGUGCAACCUGCCUGGAGCCAAUACCAUCAAUUCGCUGGAGGUCACCGCCUUCAUUGUGGCCAUGCAGAAGGGCAUGAAGACUGAAAUGGGUUCGUAUUUGAUGCGCAACUUCAACGACGAGAGCCUGCUGGUUGGCGACCUGCACAUGGCUGUCCAGGGAUUGGGUGGUCUGGAGCAGGCGGCCGAUCUGUACAUCUGCAUCGAGGUGGACUCGUAUGGCCACUACUUCCGCAAGGCCACCACCAAGAUGGUGUGUCGCAGCCAGACGCCGUUGUGGAACGAGAGCUUUAUGCUGGAACUGGAGGGCAGCCAAAAUGUCCGGAUCCUGUUGUACGAGGCCAAGGAGCGACCGCUCCUCAGGGCCAAGCACAUACUCAAGUUGAGCCUCAGUUGGCUGACGGAAACCACACAGCCGCGAACAAUAAAGCUAAGUGAGACUUUGGAGCUGGGCUGCAGUUUCCGGUUUGUGCCCGGCGAGCUGUGCCGUGCCACCACCAAACCAGGAGCGCUCUUUGGUGCCAAAAUGAGUCAAGUAUUAAAACGCGAGAAACGCGACAUUCCGUUCAUCAUCAGUGCCUGCAUUCGGGAGGUGGAGCGAAGGGGCAUGCUGGAGGUGGGCUGCUAUCGCGUCAGCGGUUCCGCCUCGGAUUUGGCCAAGCUCAAGAAGGCCUUCGAGUCGGAUGCCUAUGAGGCGGAGCAGCUACUACGCGAAGUGGACAUCCAUUCGGUAACUGGCAUUUUGAAGACCUUCCUGAGGGAGCUGCCCGAGGCCCUGUUCACGGACCAGCUAUAUCCCCGAUUCUUCGACACAUUCAGCGCCUUUAGCAACAACAACGAAGCCACGCGAAUCAACGAGCUGCUUAAAGUUUUUGAGGAGCUGCCGCAGGCCAACAAGGCCUCCAUCACCUCGAUUCUGGAUCAUCUUAUUAGAGUCCACGAAAAGGAGGCGGACAACAAGAUGUCGCUGCACAAUCUGGCCAUGGUGUUUGGGCCCACCUUGCUGAGGCCGGGACAGACGCAGGUGAAGCAGAAGGAUCCGCUGGCGGCCAGCACUGUUGAUGUGAUGGCCCAGGCCGGAAUCCUCUACUGUUUCCUGCAGGCGCGCAUCAAGAAGGAUUAGAAAGGAUUUUGAGAGCAUUGCAGCCUGCACAGAUAUACAUAUGGAAUAUAUAUAUAUAUAUAUUUAUAUAUUUUUUUUACAUAGCAAUAGCGGUAAUACGAACGAAAUUUCGAUGGAAAGCCUAAUGCAUGCACCACGCCCCCACCUGUCUGCCACGCCCCCUUGCACAAAUGACACUUAAAUCGCCUGAAAAGAAAAUCACCUUAAAAACGCCUAAAAUCACCUUUUAAAGCCUACAAAAAGAAAAAGAAACACCCAAAAAAACACUUCAAAACACCUGCGCUGCCAAUUGUAAAUACCAGAAAACCGAAACUGCAACUAAAAACUGAAGAUCAGAAUCGAUCUGGCGAGGAAUUCGAAAGCCCUGGGAUUUCAAGAAGGAGCCCCGGGAAUGUGAAGAAAUCUGCUCAAUGGCGGGCUCACACACACGCACAACACACAUCAACAACAACAAAAACAACAACCACAACAACACACACCUGGGAUGAUCAAGUGUCUAACACUAAAUAGCUGCGCUCCUCCGCUUACUAAAUAUUAUUCCCAUGUAUUACAGAUAUAUCCGUAGAUCUGUAGACUGUAUGCUUUACCUUUAAAUGCGAACCUUUAGCUUACUGCAACUAUUGCAACAAAAAAAAAACAGAAAAAAGAAAAAAAGGGAAAGCAGAAAAUUGCAAAUAUUUUCAAUAUUACACGUAUAUAUCUAGAGACAUAUACAUUUACAUAUAU